AUGGCCUGUAACAGAGUCCACAUCCGUGGGGUCUUGAGGCUACGCCAUCCGAACCUGUUCUUCCACUCGCUGAAGGUGAAAGUGAAUCUUAUCCUCCCGCCAGAUCGUGGCUCUCGGAUUCCCACCGUCGAGGUCUGUUUCCACAGGUAAAAGCGUUGCGAAACCUUGUGCAGAUACCUUGUCGCGGAAGGCCUCGACUUUACCUUACUGGGUUACUUUCUCCUUCGUCUUCGCUUCCUCGUAGGAAUGCAUCAAGAGGUGUGGGCAUGUGCCCUCCAGGCGAAUGGCGUAAACUCUCAAAGGGAUCCUGGCUGCAAAAUACCUCACCUUUCAGCGACAAGAUUCUCGAUGUGCGGAUGCAUCCUGGUCGACCCUCCGCUGUCGUCGAAGUUUCCACUGAAGGAGGUAACGCCUUGGGCUCAAGUGAAAAGGGGACAUCAGCUGAUCUUUAGUUGUCACAAUCCUUGACCUUGGAGUCUUUUCUUCGCAGAGUUCAUGCCGCAUCGAAUGGUGCUUCUGAUCCUUGGAAUUGUUCUGAUGGCGUUUGCUCGUAUGCUGAGCGAGUCAGUUGUUUUCUACUACGGCGGUGCAAUGGCGGUUGGUGUCAUCCUCGUGUUUUUAAUGGUCCUCUUCCAGGUAAUGCAUUAUUUUUCACCCGUGUCGACAUUUUUUAAAAUGUUUCUUCUUUAAUUUUCAGAUUCCUGUUUACUAUCAUCGACCAAUAAAGUACCUGUGGUUUGACCGUAUUAUGCUAGCAAGGAUUGCCUUUACUAAUUCGAAUUGGGGGUGACAUCAAAUCGGUCAAAUCCUAUUCCAAAGAUAUGAGGUUCAGAACAAUUGGAACUUUGUGAUGAUUGGUUACUACACGAUGAACUCCAAGAAGAAAACGGUGACGAAUAUAGGGUUAGUGCCAAUCAAUAAACUGGACACCAUUGUAAAUAUAUCUACGAGUUAUAAAUCCAAGUAUUCAGAUUAUAUCAACCUUGUGGGUUCCUUUAUGAAUUGUUUUCAGUUGUACCAGCUCUUAUGAAAGUUAGAUCAGAGGUAGAUACUGUAAUUCUAUGGAUAUGCUAACAACCUCUUUGCACAUUUAUAUCUGUGGAUGCUGAUGUUUCUAUAGAAACUGCUGAUCUGCUGCAUGAAUUUCCAGGCAAAUUUGCUUUUUAACUUGCAUCACUUGGCCGCCUAUUGCUGAUCUCUCUGUUUCAGUUAUUAAUUUUCUUUUGAUGUCGUUAUUUCUGAUUAUUAAUUAGUAGUGACGUGUCACAAUUCAUCUUAUAUUUUGAGAUGGCCAAGCAUGGGACGAUGUUCCUCACUGCUUUUUUAUGUUUCUUUUUUGAUAAACUUUGAAGGAGUUUUAAGCGUCAUUUAUGUCCAGAUCUAUAUAUCUCAAUCAAUAUCUUUCCAUACAAUAUACAACUUGAGAAAGUAUUUAUAUCAAGCCCUUUCCUCUAAAUUAAAACCUCAACCUCUAUUUUGCAUUUUAGUUUCACGAUUCUAUGUGCAUCACUCAUGUACUUGUAUAAUGUUCCUCAUUAAUGACGAUUUACAGGGCAUGAAGCUCUUGCCGACAGGUCGAAAGGGCUCAGUGGCAAUCUUUUUGUAUUCGUCAAUCGUAAGCUCCUGCGUUCACAGCUUGAUAUCAGUUUCUGGUACGCAUUUUUCUUUCAGCUGUUGAUUGCAUGUUGCUUCCCCUAACAGGUUGGAGUGGCAACUUUUCUUCUUCACUACCUUUCUGGAUUACUGCGUUCAGCACUGAUGGAGAUGGGUAUCAGUGAAGAUAUUCACAAACCUGUAUGUAAGUUCCAUUUUUUUUCUUCCCGUCGUCCUAUAGCAUUCAUGUCUGUACAUAUGUUUUGACCGUACUAACGUGAUUACUUUUUAGUUGAGAUUAGUUAUUUUCCAUGUUUUCUUUAAGGUUAGAAACAUGGGUAUCAGUGAAGUUUCUGAUCUUGUAAUUUCUUCUUUAAUUCAUAAAGUUCUUUCACUUUUUUUUUUUCCAGGAAACGAAACAGAAACAAAUCUCAUUCAGAUAUGCUAUUUUGAUGCACCACUACUUGUUCUUGCAUUUUCUUCACUUCUUUUAUAAUAAAAUGAUGGAUUAAAGUUGUGCCAUUCUACUAUGAUGAGUUUCACUGGUGAAAAUCCAUCAUUUAGAUAGGAGAUAAGAAAGAUACUGUGAAGGUGUGCAUGUGAGGCCUAAGGAUAGGGGAAAAAUUCAUUUAGAUCUUUCAUUUUCUUGGUCAAUAAUAUGAUGAAAAGAGCAAUAUUUUCAGAGAUAAUUAAUAUAGCGUGAAGGUAGAUGCCUCUCACGGAGGGUGAAAUUAAGAGCUCCUUGAGCUUUUAGGUUUGAAGGGAACUUGCGUGAGGCUAGUUCCAUUGGGAUGCCUGAAUUUAGGAGCUGACGUACUGUCCGCGCAAGAAUAUUCAUAUUAGCGCAUAUUUUCAUCGGGUUCAUCUGAGGAGAAGACAUAUGGGAAAUCUUGGCCGACUUAAACUACGUUUAUGACGCGUGAGUCAUGGGGCAUCCGGUUCUUGAUGAUUCCGCAAGGGCAGUAGAUGUAAGUCUGCUGGUGCAUGUGGCUCAGUUCGUCCUUUUUUGCAGCUGGGGGUUUUCUUUCUGUUGUGCCUCUUCCUUGCUGGGGCGUGGCUGGGCUUUUGGAGCGUUCGAAAGCUUGUUUUGGAUGAAUCGGGUUCUGUUGACCAAGGUAUAGCAUAUUUUGUCGAGUGGUCGUUGCUGAUUUUUGCUGCUGCGAUGAUUCUUCAGGUACUUCUGAUUCCUUCCCGACCUUUGUGCUACUUUGACACUUUUCUUACAUAUCUCUGCCUUUUGUCCAGUAUUAGCUCUUCUCCUUUGUUGAUCUUCUUUCCCUUUAGGUUUUGACGACCGGAGAUUUUCUUGUCUUUUCAGAGCUCUAUCGACACACUUUUGGCUACAGAAGCACUUCUUUUGGAUAUAACUGUGACAUUGAGUAUGAGAUCGAGGAGAAAACUGAGAUUCCUACGGCGUCUGUACCGGUAAAUUUCCUCCUCGGUCUCGGAGUCAUAACCUUAUCAGAUGGUUUCGGGAUAUUUUUAUUUUUAUUUACAGUGCGGGGCACCUUAUGAAUGGGAAUUCUCGACCAUGAUAUUUAUCUGAUAGUGUUUCCAUCCCAUUUAUUCCAACUUUGUUCUUGGUUCUUGGUUCUUGGUUCUUCUGGGGUAUACUUCGAUCAGCGCGCGCUGGAGCUUUUUCUUUAUGUAUCUCUGUUAGUCACAGGAAGAACCCGUUUCUACUGCGGUCUGUUUGCACUCCUGAUUUCUCUGCUCUCCCGUCGUCCCUGUUGAGGUCAACUACUGACUGAAUGAUGUCUUGCAGGCGAAUAAGUGGGCUUUUUUGUAGAACUCAAGAUAAGAGCUCACCGUACAAAAAUUUACCCGCGCAUGGCGCUCCCUGGACUCCCAAGCAAUCCCCUGCUUCUCAGGCAAAAUCUCCUGCAUCGCCUUUGUGCAGAACAGAUGCCACAGGUCUGUGGGAUCAAACUUCGUCGAGCUUCUCUCUUCUUUCAUUAGCUUUUAUUAAGGUUCAUGACUCAGGCUUGACAACCAAACCAGCACCACAAGAGCCGCUCAAAGGGCAGACGUAUUAUUCUACCUUUCAUGUCACACCCGAGAGGAAGAAGUUCUCCAAGGAAGAGUGGAAGGCUUUCACCAGAGAUUCUACCAGAAGGGCCAUGGAGGAGCUAUCGACUUCCCCCGACUUUGCCCGUUGGGUAGCAAACAAUGCCGAAAGGAUCACCGUGAAUCCCAUCGCUGACGGUACAAAGGAACGUGGACGAUUUCACUGGUUUUAG